AGGACGGCACCCCCAUCCUGGAGCGCAUCGAGCACCGCGUCUCCUUCCACGACAACCGCGACCGAGCGUUGAGCUUCCCGGAACUCGCGAGGGACCAGCUGGCCCACUACGCAGUGCUUCAUGUCACCUUGGUGAAGGCCACCGGGCUCGUCGCCGCGGACGAGUACCUCGUGUCGGAGGCAUCUUCCGACCCGUAUGUCGUCGUCUUGGUGGAAGACAACGAGUUGGAGCGCACGCCUGCGGUGAAAUGCUCCCUUGAGCCCGAGUGGAACUGCACGAAAGAGGUUCCUAUCCAUACGGCCAACGACGUCGUGCAGCUGCGGGUCAUGGAUGAGGACCUCUUGACCAGCGACGACCUCCUGGGCUUCGUGGAGUUCCCAGUCUCGGGCCUGCCGAUCAACGAGCCGGUGCGGGGUUGGCUCAGCCUGACCGCGAAGGACUGUCCUCCUGACAGGGGCUCGAGGCUGGAGGCCGAGGGCUCAGACGAAGAGCCUGAGGAGGAGAUGCGCGCCACAGGGGAUUCCAGGCAGGUGGUUCUCUCCCUCCCUGCCUCGGGGUCCUCUGAGGGCGCGGCCACGGGAUCUGGCACCGAGGGAGUGGCCACCGAGCACGACCUGAUCUCGAUCAGCGGCUACAGAGUGUGCAGGAUUCUCAGCGGCGAGUGCAAGACCGUGGACGGCAAAGCGAUCAGGCCCAGGAUCAGGAAGGUCGAGCUGUUCCGUGCCGGCCUGGACCCGAAGUCGGGACGACCACAGAGGUCGAGCUCGGUAGACUCUGUCCAGCUGUUCGCCACGGUGUUCAGGCCCGGCCCAGGCGCCGCUUGCACGUUCGAAGGGGCGCUCGGGCACAGCUGUGGGAGGAUCCGGAGUCCGCCGGGGACUCUGGACAACGCGGCGCUUCGAGGCCCCGCGCGCGGGGCGUCUGCGAGCGCCCUCAGGUUCAAAGCCUUGGCGGAGGGCUCGCGCGAGAGGUUCGAAGGUCGCGGUUUGCGCGCCGUGCCCGACGCUGUCGCGCCCCCGCGGUUCAUUGGCAACUGCGCCCCUGGCAAGUGCUUCGCGACUGGCGCGGCGACUUUCAGCGCGGGCGAAGAUGAUGGCGCGUCAUUUCUCGCGUCGUCGAUGCCGGCGACCACGGCGACGAUUCUUGGCUAA